AUGGCACUCAACACGAAUGCGCCGGGAGGCACCACAAUGGCGGACUUGCCUCUAGAAUACCUCAGUCUCUACCAUGCCGUUGAUACCCAUCUAUCUUCCAUUUUCAUCUUCUAUGGACCUGUCGCGACAGCAAACGCCACCGUGAGCAGCUCGCGCAUCCAGGCGCACAUCUUCACGCCCGCUGGGUUCCAAAGCUACUCUCGAAUCACCAUCUCCCCCGCCGCACCCCUCUACGCAGCCGUCAACCAUUUGCCCCGCGACAAACAGGGAGACCCCAUUACGCGAGGACUUGCUGUUAGCAUGUUGAAGUAUUUCGCUGAAUUGUCGGAACCCGUGAGGAAGCAGUUGACAGCUUCUGCCCGAAUGGGCCUGCGACAGGGCGAGAGGCCCCCAAGGCUCUUCGAUGAUGUGCAUGCUGCGGAGUUGGCGAAUAACAUGAAGUUGGUCGAGAACCCGUCCGAGAUUGUACGUGAUGUUCGCAGUGCCUGUCAGGAAAGGAGGAUCCCUUGGGUGGACAUGGAUGUGGUGUUGCCUGCGGGGCUCAUACACUGUCCACAGCGGCGAGGAAGCGCUGGCUCGGACAUUGAAAUGACCCAGUCACUGGACUAUGGCCCAUAUACACAACUCAUCGAGGCUCUGGGUCAGCCGAUGUUUCUGCCUACCUCCAGGCUGAAGCGGGCGCCAUCACAACCGACCAAUGUCAGCAAGUCGAGAAUCUUUUCGCGGAGUCAAAAAGAGGCCCUGAGAUUGACCAUGUGUGAAUUUGUGGAUACGGAGGAACGGCCCAGCGCAGAGAACCCACGAGCCUCAGUCCAGAUGAGAAAGCUUUGGAGGCCCUCUUCCCCCCCCUCUUUGAAUGAGAUUCUGGACAUCAAUCUAGGAUUUCUCGAUGUGAUCAGGAACAUCCUGGAGGAGACGGAGAAGGAUGCUUUGGAGGAUAUCAGUCAAGAUACCGAACUGCCCGCCUCCAAAGCACAUCGAAGCUCUUCGCGGGACGGCAAAGAUGCCAUCGGCGCAACCAAGUUCGCCCGGGAGUUGCUGGAGUGGUUACCCCGAUUCUCAGCGCCGUAUGCGGAUUACAUGCGUGCGCACAACGGCUUCACCCAAACACUGAACUCGUUCAUGCGCGACAAAACCUCGAGCUUCUCUCGACGCGUGCACGAGACUGGAGAACAAAGAUUACGCUCCCUGCUGAUGGAACCUGUCCAGCGGCUACCCCGCUAUAGUCUGCUGAUCGAUACCAUGACAGGCAGUCUGCCGCUGGUUCAUCCUGCGGUUCGGCCUUUGCUGAAAGCGCGAGAUAUUGUCAAGGACAUCUGCGCCCUAGAUAACGGAUCGCCAUCUAGUCAUGUGCAGAGCCUUCGACGGCUGAGGGAGAUUGUUGAUGGCUGGUCAGGGAAGUCUUUUCCCGAAGGUCGACUGAUCACCGCCGUGGAUGUUAAUGAGAUUACGCCGCCAUAUAAUCUAGAAUCGCGGACCUCGGCACCAGCUGCCGGCAUUAUGCUACUCUACAAGAACUGUCUCGUUCUGAUUUCUAAAUCUGUGGGCAGUCGCGUAACCGCACGAGGAUUGCUCGCCGAUAUCGACGACGCGGCAUCGUCGAAUGGCGAGACGCCGACAUCAAUCCCAAGCGCUGACCUCAAAGUUGCGCAAGUGUUCGAAAUACACUCUGUGCGAUGCAUGCAAUCGGGUUGCGGUCGAUUACUCUACAUAAUACCUACGACACAUUCCCCGAGUGCAGCUUCUCCAAAAGGUAGCGACGACGUUGUCGCUUUGAAACUGACGGCAUUGUACGAAGGAAAAGUCGGCAAGUUGAUUGAAGAAAUCACCAAGGCCCGCAUUGAGGGACGAUUUCCAGAACAACAGCGGGAGGGGGGCAAAUGGACUUUGCGCAGCCCUCCUUCGCCAGCCAACAACACCGGUAUUUUAGCGUGCGUCUAUGAGAAUGGGCAGAGCGUCGCUCUAGAACAGGGGCCGGCGCCGUUCAUACGAAUGCUCUUCGAUACACCAAAAGCUGAGUGGGCCGAGACUCUUCAAGCAUCAAACGCAGAUGUCGUCAUGUCGAUAAACUCCUCCGACAACGAACAGUUCAGGCUUGACAUUGACUCAGUAAUCGGUUCUCCGUCGACGGACUUAGUGACCGUGGACACGUUUGUUCCGACACUUCUUCGAAGAUUACAUUCGCUUCUCGUUCCCCUGAACGGCGCUCGCAACACAAAGCUGAUGAAACCUCUGAUCAGUUCUAACUAUGAGAUUCUUCGUUACAUUGCGGGCGCUUUAGUCAUGCAAGUCAAAUCAUCACGCAGCUUCCGACCUCCCUCGCCCACCAAGCUCAUUUCAAAUUUCUUGGGAGGCAGUCGCGAGACUGUGCCUACAGUCAAACACCCCAGUUCAGCUACCUUGCUUGGUGAAUUUCCGAAAAUGUCACCGCAACGAAUCAAUCUUUCCAGAUCCAAUACCCUUCCAUCUGCAUUUCCCGGAAAGGACAACUGUAAGGAAAAGCAACCGGAAAAGGACAAAGACAAGGAGUCAAGCAGAAUUUCUAUGGUGGAAGUUUCUGGAGCCAGAGGUCCGGAUGGUCAGCUGCGGUCCUUAGAACAGACGUUUGCUGCUUAUAUUCUCUCGUUACAAUCUCGCAGUGGCAACAUUCUUGGGCGUAUGCUGCGUAAUCGAGAACAUGCGGAUCGCGCACUUGUCAACGAGCUCUACAACAUUCUACUGGAGGAUCCCAGUAAGUUGCAAGCAGCCGCCGAGGUUCCCGUGGAUACUCUUUUCGUUGCAUUCGAGACAUUCAUGAGAAAUGCCUGGAGGGAGAAUAUGGGGCCCAUCAUUGAUUCAACAGCACUCAAAAAUCUUCAAAAACAUUUCGACAAUAUGUUUCCCCGGGACUUCGAGGAGCAAUUCCGGAAGUUUCUGGUCAACACCAACCCACAGAAUUGCCGAGCCUUGGCGGCUAUCACUCGACUCCUUGCUGAACUUCUCGACGCGUCUGGAAAUGAUGGUGACCGUGGCGCCCUCACGGUUGCCUUUGCAGAAGUCCUGACAGAAGACGGGGACCCUGUACAGCAUGUGUCACUCCUGGAUCGUCUUGUGGACGACUUCGACAAUCUGUUUGAGGAGCUCAUCCCUUACGGGUCAUCUGUGGAAGGCGCCUUGAAUUUUGACCGGAGUAAAUCACCUCAAACGAGCAAGGGGUCAGUGAGCUCCAAUAGCUCUUCUUUCCGCCGACGCUUUGGAUUCAAUCUUCAUAAAGACAGCUCCAAAGCUGAAGGAGAGAGCAAAAUGGCGUCAAUUCUACGCACCCUCAGCAAGAAAUCCAGUCCAGGCGAAUCUGACCCGAACAUUCCACGAGGCUCUCUACUUCGAUCCAAGUCUACGGACGUAGAUAGCCGCUUAGGAUUCUUGAGACCAACAUCCCGUGAGCGUCCAUAUGGCUUCUCCUCCGAGGAGCAAAUUUCUAGGCCGGGUACCGGACAAGGGCAGCCGCCGUCCCUAUCAUCCCUUCGGGGCAUAUCUCACGAUGGUGCUGUGAAGCUUCGAAGGAGAAGAAGGAGCUCUUUAUCAGACUUUCGCCCCGAUACGGCGUCUUCUGACACCUCGCAUGUCUCUUCUAUCGCGCACCUGCGCCCAGCGACUCCGUCGAACAGACCGCGAACAGAAUCAAUCACGCCUGCUAGUCAGCCCCGACCUCAUAGCAGCUACCUAACCUCUUCAAGUAGGCCUACGUCACCGACCAAGGCCCCUUCUCCUGGUCGUCUUGGAUCUCCUAUUCGCCAAACAUCGCCUACGCGCCCUGCAACUCCAAGCCGGAAGGAGAAUGUCGACCCCAAAGUGCCUCAAAGAGAGCGAUCGACUCAGUCCAAGUUUCAACAUGCUGGAUCGCCUCCCCAAGAGUCCAAGCGGCGAUCCCGUGCGACCAGCAUCCCUCAACGAACCCCUGCACUCCGAGAGCGGGCACCUGCAAAUGGUACCGAGGUUAGGCGGCCGCAGUCAUCCUCCUCCUCGCAAAGACCGCCAAAGCUGCGAAUGCAGAGUCCUCAAAAACUUCGAGAACGUGUGCAGGCGGAAAAACACAAUCAAGCCAUUGGUCAGGCCAGCUUCCACAACGAACUCCAAGCUCUAGGUGACGAAAUAGUCCACUUUGAGUUGCCGAUGGGCCAUGACGCGGAGGAUACAGUGGAUACUCCCAGAGAACGUCGAUCUCCUGACACAAAACCUCAUCUCCAAAGCCGAUUCAAACGCCUUGAACAGCGAUUCAAUUCCAUGGCUGGAGAAUACAACGAUCGAACCUCAGCCCUUGAAAGAGAUCUAGAGUCCUCCUUGGUCGUUAGCGAAAAGCGCGUCAAAAAGCUAGACGAGCUAUACCGCGAAGCAAGUGCAGAGAAUGAAGCACUCUACGACCGAUUUAAUGCAGAACUCAGCAAGAUAGCGAAAGAUGUUCGGUCUGGCAGCGCUGAAGACGUCCUCAAAGACCAACUGAGUAAUGCGCUGGAGGAGAUCAGCCGUCUAAAGAAGGAGAAUUUCCGACUUAAGAGAGAAGUCGGAGGCCUUAGAGCCCAGUCUGCAGCUGUCGCUUUGCUCAGAGCUAGCGAGCAGUAG